UUGCUGGAGGGCCUCGCCUGCUGCACUGCGUCUUUUUUUCGUUGUCACUAUAAAGCACAGGAGGAAUGAAAUUAAAAGCGUGGUGGGCGGCGCUUCGUUUGCGUUAUUCACUCAGACCCCUAGUCCCGAGCAAAGCGUGCUUCAGUUCCGUCUACCGCAUCGUAUUAGCUGCGAGCACACGCAGAGGGAAGCCCGGGUCUGGUGAAGGUGAAGCGAGUAAGCGGUAGGCUAGCACUGCAGCAGCCUCUAGUAAUAAUCACACAAGCGGCAUGGCGACUGACAGCUCCUGUGUCGUGCUCAGUGAUGAGGAGCAAGGCUAUGACCUGGAUCUGUUCUGUAUCCCCAAGCACUAUGCAGGCGACCUGGAGCAGGUCUUCAUCCCACACGGCCUCAUCAUGGACAGGACGGAGCGCCUGGCCCGUGACAUCAUGCGUGAUAUGGGCGGUCACCACAUCGUGGCGUUGUGCGUGCUGAAGGGCGGGUACAAGUUCUUCGCUGACCUGCUGGAUUACAUCAAGGCUCUGAACCGCAACAGUGACAAGUCCAUCCCCAUGACAGUGGACUUCAUCAGGCUCAAGAGCUACUGUAAUGAUCAGUCGACGGGUGAAAUCAAAGUGAUCGGUGGAGACGACCUUUCUACACUGACUGGGAAGAAUGUCCUGAUAGUUGAGGACAUUAUCGACACAGGCAAUACAAUGAAGACUUUACUGAAGUUGCUGAAACAGUUCAACCCCAAGAUGGUAAAGGUGGCGAGCUUGCUGGUGAAGAGGACGCCCAGGAGCGUUGGCUACAGACCAGACUUUGUAGGAUUUGAAGUUCCUGACAAGUAUCUAGUGGGAUACGCGCUAGACUAUAACGAGUACUUUAGAGAUCUCAAUCAUAUCUGUGUGAUCAGUGAACAUGGCAAAGAGAAGUACAAAGAGUGAAGAGCCCAGACGAACGCCUAGCUGGGAAUGAUUAUAUUAUUAUGAAUUAUUAGACUGUUUUAUAUUUUAAAAGCAGUGGUUUAAGGAUCCAUUUUGUAUUUACAGUUUCUUGGCACAGGACCCAGCCAUCGUCCCCCACACACCCUGCAGGCUGCUGUCACUCUCGAACCCGUAGCCAGCCACUCGCUCUCCCAAACGUUUUAGAGACAGGCGCGUUUCAUGCUUUGAUGCAAAUUAAAAAAAUCCUGCUCCCCUUUGAAUUGCUUUUAGUAAAGCCAAAGUGAGCUCCUGAUAAUCUACUCGUCUGUGCAGACACUUCAAUGAAACGAACAACACUCACAACAGGACAGUGCAAAGCACGCUGUACUGUGAAGAAAGAGAGAGCAAUCUGGACGCAGGGUUAACUGCAGUAUAGCAAAAUGAAAAGUUUUUUUUUUUUUGGAUAUCCGUGAAAAGUUUAAAUGAUUUUAAAAAAAAAACAAAAAAAAAACCCAAAAAACAUUAUUAAAGUAAUUUAACCCUUUCAUGUAAAUCCCCAAAAAACCUUGUCUUCAUUAAUUUUUGUAUGCUGUUGAUAUACCUUCUUCCAAAAAAAAAAAAAAAACAACAUAUAUAUAUAUAAAUAAAUUGACUGCGUCAGCGCUGUCCCCUUAAUCAAGUUGAUUUCAGUUGCUUGUGUUCUUUUGGUUUGUUUUAUAUUCACAGUUCCAGGGUCCAAUCCAGCAUGAAACAUUAUAGUUUUAUAAAGCAGGCUGGGUCUUUUAAAAAGGAACUAGCAGAAAACAAAGACAUUUCAGCUGUAAAAAAAAAAAAAAAAAAAAAUAAAUAGAAAGCAUGACUCCCAGACAAAAGCCACUAUAAAUGGGGUUUCACCAAUAUAAACUUUGAGAACCUCAGUUACAGGGCACAGGGACAGAGCAGUCUCCACACUGAAACCUAACUGAACCUACUUGCACAAGGAACAGGGGCAGACCAGCCUCCUGGAGAUUAGUGUCCAGAACGGGCUCCAUGGCAGUGGAAACACAUCUCACUGUUCCAGGGGGUCUAAAGUAGUAUGUGAAUCCAUUCUGAGUGAGAAUGAUCAUGUGAAGCCCCACAGCCAGCCUGCAGCUCCCUGCGAUACACAUGUAUAAAUGUGGCUGCUUGGCUUAGAGCAUACUGUGUGUUAAUCAGGCAGCCAAAGUAUCGAACGCUUCAGGCAGUUCUUAGACAUCGGAAAGUUGCAUGCAAAUGUUAAUAGAUUAUAAACUGCGCACAUGUGAUGUUCAGUAAUUCAUGGUUAGAUGUCUGGAGAAGCCCUCAAGCAGUUUGUGAGGAGAAUCCCAGGGUUAACCUGAAAAGCAUAUGUGUGUGUGUGUCAUUACAGAGAGAUGAAUUCAUCUGGAGAAUGGAAAUCAGCAUAUUUCAUCAGAUACAUACAGCACUGUCAGAAGCAACUGUGCCCAAAAGAUAUGUUGUAUUAUACUGGACUACAUGCAGUACGCUGCAGACAAGCGUUUAACAUGAAGUAAUGACUCCAUAUUGAAAAAAAAAAACAGCCAAUACAAACAGCUAACGUUGUGUAACAAAGUGAUCUAUAAACAUGUUAGUUGUGCUUUUACAGUUCUAGAUUGUGACUAGAAUAAUAAUACACUUAUAAAUAUUAUUUUAGUAUUGCAUGUUA